UUUUGUUUUUUGUAGUUCUGUAUUGCGUGUACCCUUACGCCGCUUUGGUUUGUUUUGUGUUUUUCUCUUUUUCCUCUUAAAUAAAAAAAAAAAAAGAGAGGAGAUUGCUCAUGAAUGGAGAACAUUUUGGAUGACAUUAGUAUACGGAUUGGUAUUUCUGUUGGAAGAACAACUCAGCUGUCCACUUCAAGCAAUUGAAGUUCUCCAGCUUUAAAUCAGUUGUAGGGAUUAUGUAGGAGUCAAAAUUCAGCUCUUCAUGAUCUAUAUACUAAUGGCUUCUGUAUCAUUGAUGGCCUUUUGUUUUAAUUGUUAGUAAUGAGUGAUUAAUCUUGUCUGUUAUAUAUAAAAUUCAAAGGGAAAGGAGAACAGUAAGAAUAAGGAUGAUGGCUGGUUGAAUGGUUCAGAUUGUUUCGAUUUCUUUAGCAUCUAUAGUUCUUAUGUAGUGUCAUGGUUAUGUCAGGGGUCCCCAAGCCUCAUGCAAUUAUGCAUUUGUGAUUGGUUCAUUGUCUAGUGCUUGGAUUGGUGGUGUGAGUGUUACACCCACCUAGGGGUGGAACUAGAAUAUGAUGUAACGGCGAAAAGGUGUGUUUGUGUGUGUGUGUGUGUGUGUCUUUCUUUCUUGCGGGUUUCUGUAUUGCUAUUUGCAGCUGCCAUGAACUGCAGCCCUGCCAUGCCACCCUGCCUUGAGCCAACUGAAUAUGGACUGAAACCUCCAAGAAUUGUAAGAAAUAAACCUUUCCUUCCUUCAUUUUGGGUGUCAGGUAUUUUGUCCCAGCAAUGAGUAAAAAGUAAUUAAGAUAUGUGGUUAAGUUUUGUAGUAAGUAUAAGGAAAAUAAGAUAUAGUACUAAGGUGCUAAUUAAGAAUACAAUUAUUAGUGUGUGGUCAUGAAAAUGUAAGAGUUCUAUAAUUGGUGAGGCAGCAGCUUGCAAACCUAAUUCAAAAGGGUAGGCCAUGAAGAUAUAUAGGAUUCUAACCAAUAAUUUAACUUUGACAAAGUUAUGUAAUAUUUUUAUUAUUAUCUUUCUCAUUAAGAAAGUCAUAGAGUGAGCAACUACUUCUACAAUAACAGUAUAUAAUUUAUCAAUUAGUGAUUUCUUACUUUUUAAAAAAUUCUGUAUUAUUUUUACCCUUUUUUCUGUUUUGCUUUUUUCUCUAAUAAAAAAGAAAGUCAUAAAGGUUAUGGGGGUGGCUUGAAACCAGAUUUAGAGGGUUCAAUUCCUUACUUUUUUGUUUUUAGGAUUUGAUGAAUAUGGGCAGUUCAAAGGUAUGAUAUGGUGGAGGAAAGUUGAGAAGUCAUUCUAAAUUAACUGAACUCGUGCACCAAAUAAAAGAUACAGUGUGCCGAUAUCUUUAUGAUUCGUGGAGAAAAGCAAACGGCUGGGCUUCGGAUUCCUGGCUGUGCGCGGCGUCCACCCGGCAGGAGGCGCCCCGCUCCCGCAGGCCCGCCCUCUCCGUCUCGGCCGCUGUCCCCCCACUACCUGAGGUCUCGCUUCUGACAGACGGCGCCCCAGCGCCCGGAUUUAACCAGGAAGCCUGGGUCUGGGGUCGGUGCGGAGGAGGAGCAGCUCCCGGUCAGUUCGGCUCCCCGUGUGGCCCAGCGCGGGCUGGCGCAGCGGAGCAACCCGCCUCCAGCGACGCCGACCGACCGGGCCACUGCGACCAGCAGGACCGACGGCGGCGCCAAGGCCACUCCAAGGAAGCAGCUGACCCUGACGGAGGAGGUGCUCCUGGCGGGCCUCCAGGAGGGGCGGCCGGCAUCUCUUUGGAAUGACUGUAUGUCCUCUGGAGUACGCGGCUGUGUGUCAACUGAAUUAGCCUUAAGAGGAAGGUUACCGCUCAGGCCUGAGAGAGGAGAUGCAGAAGUCUUUUGACGAGGAAUGUGAUCUGCAAGGAUGCUCCACCCGGGGAUGUUCUUGAUGAAGCUCUGAAGCAUGUUAAGGAGACACAGCUUCCAGCAGCAGUCCAGAAUCGGACUGAAUUACUUAGUGGUGCGAGAGGGAAUCCGUUGAAAUUGCAUUAUCAGUUUAGAAACACGCGGGAACGAUGAGCUAAACACCUGGGGAGCAGAGCUUCUUACUUUUUUUUUUUUUUUUUUUUUUUUUUUUUGUCUUUUUCCUUUUUAUGGGUACCGGGGAUCGAACUCAGGACUGCCUGCUUGCAAGGCAGGCGCUUAUGCCGCUGAGCUAAAUCUCCAAGGCCAGAGCUUCUUACUUUUUGACAUGAGGACACAUUCUCCCACCAACAGCCACAUUCAACAGCGCCUCGUGGGGAAGGUACAAGAAGCUGUUCUUGACAACUGGGAGCGGGACCCGCGCUGCUGAGCAGGCGGGCUCAGGUUUAUCUGGCCCAGACCCCAGACGUCUUGGGGAUGUGUUUCUUACCUUCUGGCGGAGCAGCACGAUUCACCGCCGAGACAGGCGGCAGCUCGGGGAUCUGGACCCGGAGGCGGCGAGGGUGAAGGCCGCCGCCAGCCUGUCCCGCGGCCGGGCCGCGGUGCUGGCUUCACCAACCGACUCUCACAUGAAGCCGUUUCUUUCUCUCUUCUAAGCCAGUGGGUUUUGUUUUACUGACUUACAGGUUUCUGCUGUUCGUACUUCCCACACUGUAACUGGCUUUUGGUUUAUGAAACGGCGGUGGUUUUUGGUUUUUUGCACGGAUGCAGGAUGCUGCUGCCGCGAGAGGCCUUGCUCUUCCCGUUCCUCUUGUGUGACCGCCACGGUGGCCUGCCGUCCCGGCCAUUCUCACUCCUACUUUGGGGUUUCUGGUGUAAUCUGACUUUCCGAGUUCCUCUGGUUACCCCGACGCACAGCUUUUGGGUUACCCCAGUUUGAGUUUUCCCUCACGAGCCCGUACAUUUGCCUUCUGCCUACAAUUCCAACAGAAGCCACAAGGCCUUCAGCUCGCCAAACGAAGGAAAAUUUCAAAAAUGUUUCAAAUUCCUGUGGAAAAUCUUGACAACAUCAGAAAGGUGCGGAAAAGGGUGAAAAGCAUUCUUAUGAACAUCGGACUGGACAGCUGCCGGGAGUUACUGAAGGAGCUUAAAGGCUUUGAUCCAGGAGAGAAGUACUUUUAUAAUACAUCAUGGGGAGAUGUUUCUCUCUGGGAACCUUCUGGAAAGAAAGUGAGAUACCGAACAAAGCCAUACUGUUGUAGUCUCUGCAAAUACUCAACAAAAGUGCUUACUUCACUCAAAAAUCAUUUACAUCGUUACCAUGAAGAUGAUGCUGACCAGGAGCUGGUGAUCCCUUGUCCCAACUGUGCAUUUGCUUCGCAGCCCAAGGUGGUGGGAAAACACUUCAGAAUGUUCCAUGCUCCUGUUCGGAAAGUCCAGAACUACACAGUGAAUAUUUUAGGUGAGACUAAAUCUUCUAGGAGCGAUGUGAUAAGUUUCACAUGUUUAAAAUGUAACUUUUCAAAUACUUUGUACUAUAGCAUGAAGAAGCAUGUGCUGGUAGCUCAUUUUCACUACUUAAUUAACUCUUAUUUUGGUCUGCGAACUGAGGAAGUGGAAGAGCAACCAAAAGCAAAUGUGCUUUCUGUGGACAAGAUGGCCACAUCUGACAGAUAUUACUGUAAAAAAUGCAACGCCAAUGCCAGCAGCCAGGAUGCUCUAAUGUAUCAUAUCUUGACAUCAGAAAUACACAGAGACUUGGAGAAUAAGCUUAGAUCUGUGAUUUCAGAACACAUUAAGAGAACCGGACUUUUGAAGCAAAUGCAUAUUGCUCCAAAACCAGUGGCCCGAUUGGCCAUACCUCCACACACCAGUGCUGCAGGCAUUGCAGCACCUCCUUGCUUUCAUCUCACUUUGCCGCAGAACAAUCAGAGCUCAACGGUGGUACAGCCAGUGACAGUGGCCCCAGGCACCUCUGGGACCCUCACCCAUUCCUCGCCUGCUGUUGCCCAGUCCCAUGUGGCUCUAGUCUCCAGUCCUUUGCCUGUAUGCCAGAGCAGCCUCACCUUGCAGCCCUCGGCUCCUCAGUCUGUGUUUCUUUCUCACAGGCUCCCACUUAAUCAGCCUGUGAAUCCUGUGCUGCCCCUGAAUCAGCCUACUGGGUCUAUAAAUAAGUCUGUUGGAACAAGUGUCCUUCCCAUGAAUCAAGCUAUCCGGCCUGGAGUGUUACCCCUCACCCAACCUGGGGGACCUGUAAGCCGACCUGUUAGGCCGAGUGUCCUGCCUACCAGUCCCUCUGUCACCCCUGGGGUUCUGCAGGCUGUCUCACCAGGUGUGAUUUCUGUGGGUCGUGCAGCCCCAUCAGGGGUCCUUCCUGCAGGCCAGAUGACUCCCACAGGGGUUAUUCCUGGACAGACAGCAACUUCUGGUGUUCUCCCAACUGGCCAGGUAGUCCAAUCAGGAGUUCUCCCUGUUGGUCAGACAGCCCCCUCUCGGGUUUUCCCACCUGGCCAGACAGUUCCCCUAAGAGUUCUCCCUGCAAGCCAGAUGGUCCCAUCUGGGCUGCUCUCUCCUAACCAGACAGUACCCUCAGGUGUUGUCCCUGUGAACCAGGGUGUGAAUUCUGGUGUUCUGCAACUCAGCCAGCCUGUUGCAUCAGGAGUUCUUCCUGUGGGCCCACCAGUGAGGCCUGGUGUGCUGCAGCUCAGUCAGUCUGUCAGCACCAGCAUCCUACCUGUGAGUCAGCCAGUAAGAGCAGGAACAUCGCAGAACACCACCUUCCUCACAUCGGGCUCUAUUCUCAGGCAACUCAUCCCCACUGGGAAACAGGUUAAUGGUAUCCCCACCUACACACUGGCUCCUGUGUCUGUGACCUUGCCUGUACCCCCUGGUGGCGGCAUUGCAACUGUCACUCCACCCCAGGUGCCUGUCCAGCUCCUACCAUCAGGGGCAGGUGGGCAGAUGACUAGCUCCCUGACCAGCCUGCCCUCACCACAGGUGCUAGUGAGUGCUGCCCAGAGUGUGUUUGUUCAGGCUACCUCACCUGUGGUGGACACAAAUCAGGUGCUCAAACAGGCCAAACAGUGGAAAACCUGCCGGGUUUGCAAUGAACUCUUUCCAUCUAACGUCUACCAGGUUCAUAUGGAAGUGGCUCACAAGAAUAGUGAGUCCAAGCUCUGCCGGGUUUGCAAUGAACUGUUCCCCUCCAAUGUCUACGAGGUUCACAUGGAAGUGGCCCACAAGCACAGUGAAUCCCAGUCCAGUGAGAAAUUAGAACCUGAAAAGCUGGCAGCCUGUGCACCCUUUCUGAAGUGGAUGAGGGAAAAAACUGUUCGUUGCCUCUCCUGUAAGUGUUUGGUGUCGGAGGAGGAGCUGAUGCACCACUUGCUCAUGCAUGGCUUGGGGUGCUUAUUCUGCCCAUGUACUUUCCAUGACAUUCGGGGUCUCUUGGAGCAUAGCAGGGCUAAGCACCUUGGGAAGAAAAGGCUGCCUAUGGAUUAUAGUAACAGGGGUUUCCAAUUGGACCUUGAUGCUAAUGGUAACCUGCUGUUUCCCCAUCUUGAUUUUAUCACUCUACUACCAAGGGAGAAGCUUGGGGACCGGGAGGUCUACCUGGCCAUCCUUGCUGGGAUCCACUCCAAGUCACUGGUGCCUGUGUACAUUAAGGUGCGGCCUCAGCCAGAAAGCAUGCCGAACAAUCCCGGCAAACAGAAGCUGACCUGCCCCUUCUGUUUUGGCACCUUUCUGACAGCUGAUGCUUAUGAGCUGCACCUGAAGGAGAGGCACCAUGUCAUGCCAACAGUCCACACAACGCUCAGGUCUCCGGCCUUCAAGUGCAUCCACUGCUGUGGGGUCUACACUGGAAACAUGACCCUGGCGGCCAUUGCUGUUCACUUGCUGCGUUGCAGAAGUGCUCCCAAGGACAGUAGCUCAGAUCUGCAAAUCCAGCCAGGCUUUAUUGAGAGCAGUGAUUUGGUAUUGGUCAAUGGGGAAGUGAUUCCUGAUUCUACUUUUCCUAUAAAGAGAAAGCUGCCUGAUGGCCAUUUGGGGAUAGAAGAGCAGAGGGGUGGGGAGGAAUCACAGCUUUUCAUAAAUGUUGAGGCAGCUCCAGGUCUGGAGAAAGGGACAAGUUCUGUGCCUUUGAAGAGACAAAGGAAUGAAAGUAGGACAGAGGGACUGGUGGCUAAUGAUGAUGCACUCCAGAUUUUAGUAUUGGAUCCUAAAAAAUACGAAGGCCGUUCAUACGAAGAUAAAAAGCAGUUUCUUAGAGAUUAUUUCCAUAAGAGACCGUAUCCUAGUAGAAAAGAAAUAGAACUGCUGUCUUCACUCCUAUGGGUCUGGAAAAUUGAUGUGGCUUCAUUUUUUGGAAAAAGAAGAUAUAUUUGCAUGAAAGCAAUAAAGAACCACAAGCCCUCUGUACUUCUAGGAUUUGAUAUGUCUGAACUUAAAAAUGUUAAACACAGAUUGAACUUUGAGUAUGAAUCACAAAACUUGUGAGACUGUAAUGCUAGGCAGUGGUUUUCAACUGAGGUUUUAAACAUGUUCUCCCUUGUGUUGAGUUGUCAGUGUCAGUGUCUUUAUGCUGCUCUUCAGGUAUUUCAGGUGCUCAGAAAGACUUCUGUUAAGGAAAUGAAUAGUUCUUCAGAUUUAUUGUUUCCUGCAGUUUGAUUUGUAACAGUUAUUCCCCCUUUGCCAUGUAAAUUAUAUCUCUUGGUAUUCCAUGCACGCCUUGUUUUCUCAGUAGUGUCAGUAUCAAAUGAGAAAAAAGCUAAAAUUACAAAUACUUGUUUUUUUAAUUUUAGGAAAUUUCAGCUUGUUUGAAAAUACUUGAUUAGUUGAAAAUUAAAGUACUGCUUUUCCUCAGCUUUACAGGUAGUAGCUAAUGACACAAACAUGUUUAGAGAUACAAGUGCAGCCCUAUGAUGUGUAUGAUUCCCGAAGGACACACUGCAUUAACUCUUGCUGAUUGUUGUUUGUAAGCUGCUUGCUUAUGAAAUUAUAAUUUUGGUUUACAUCCUUUCAGUUUUGUCCUGAUAUAUAUAUUUUUUUAAUCUUAACUCAUAGAAAACCAAAUGUUCUCAUUUAUUAAAAAUACCUUGAGUCAGAGGUCUGGUGUGUAGCUCAUAAUCGUAUGUUAUUUUAUCAAUAAAGUCAUUACAGGAGCAGAAAUAGUUUCCAUCAUACUUUCCCUUUUCAUACAGUGAUGAGUGAUUUCUCCAUUCAAAGGUAAGGUAGUGAAUCUUUAGUGCCUUUAGAAUAAACUUUGAGAAAACAUAUCCGGAACUCUUCUCCUAGCCUGAACUGCUAUAAACUAAUGAAUGGAAGGGGCCAUGACACUCAGGGAUAAAAUUUCUACCCAUGUAUGUGGUUUCAGUCAUAAGGUGAAGUAAGUAAGUGGACCAACAAUUCAGGCUUCAUGGUUGGGAUUGCCAGGGGUAGAACUGGGAAAUGGGUUUCCAUUGGCUCAAUUAGUUGUCCAUGUGAAUGGGACAUCUGAUUGCUGAAGAAUCUGUUAUAUCACUGUUCUCUGGAUGUCAGGCCUCAUUUUUUCCACACAAUAUAAAAUAAAGCACCAGAAUCAGUAAUGCAGAUCGCCAGUUUGGAUCCUGAGUUAUACGGCUGGUGAUAAUGCAGUGGAGGAGCCUGUCCAACAUGUUUUCAGGUACAAGUAUCUGGAGCAUGUGACAGCCUCUGGGAAAUAGUUCAGUGUUGCUAUGUGGACUUUAAAAAAAUGUAUUGCUUGCAUGUAAUUGUUGUAAUGUGCAUUUUUGAGGCUGUCGUGAAACUGGUCUGUGACUGUUGGUGUACUCUUAAAUCAGAGAGAAGCUUGUUGGACUUUAUUUUUUUUUAACCUAUUAUUUUCAGAUUGUCUAUUUUGAAUUAAAAUUUGUUACACUACUACAAACAGAA